AUGGGAUACCCGGUCUCCGCCAAGAAAGCCCAAAUCGUGACUCAAGCUGUAAGUUACCUUGGGUACAACUUGCAGGGGGGACAGAAGACUCUGUCCAGUCAAUGGAUCCGGGCGGUUCUGCAAAUUCCAGAGCCGGCCACCAAAAGGCAGGUACGUGAAUUUCUGGGGGCCGUGGGAUACUGCAGGCUGUGGAUAUUAGGCUUUGCAGAACUAGCGAGGCCCUUGCAUGAGCUAACCAGGGGCAAAGAGGACUCAUUCGCAUGGACUGAAAAAGAGAGACAAGCCUUUCAGGCCUUAAAAGAAGCAUUAGUAGCUGCCCCAGCUCUGGCCCUGCCAGAUUUGGCUAAGCCUUUCCAAUUGUUUGUAGCAGAAAAAGAAGGAGUAGUCCUAGGUGUAUUGAGUCAGACACUAGGGCCAUGGAAGAGACCCGUAGCCUAUUUAUCCAAGAAACUUGACCCGGUUGCUUCCGGGUGGCCGGCCUGCCUGAGGGCCAUUGCAGCCACCUCAUUGCUAGUCAAGGAAGCGAGCAAGCUAACUCUGGGACAGGAUAUACAAGUUAUUGGUGAACAUUAUAUAGAACAAGUCCUGCGGUCACCCCCAGACAGGUGGUUGUCAGAUGCGCGGCUGACGCAGUAUCAGGUCCUAGACACAGUGACCGGGGCCCGCCCAGACUUGCGAGACCAAGCCUAUGAAAAGGCAGAUCUGACUCUAUUUACUGAUGGGAGUAGCUUUAUCAAAAAUGGACAGCAGUAUGCAGGAGCAGCAGUGACCACAGAGGAUAAGGUGCUAUGGCAAAAGGCAUUGCCCAAAGGAGCAUCUGCACAGAGAGCGGAGUUAAUAGGACUGACCCAGGCCCUAAGGCUAGCCGAAGGAAAGGUCGUCAAUAUCUAUACUGACAGCCGCUAUGCCUUCGCCACCGCCCACGUCCAUGGAGCUAUCUACAAGGAAAGGGGCCUCCUGACCGCAGGAGGCAAGGAUGUUAAAAAUCGUGAGGAGAUCCUCACCCUCCUAGAGGCCAUAUGGCUACCCAAGAAAGUUGCUAUCAUACAUUGCAGGGGCCACCAGAAGGGAGAUUCCCCAGUUAUAAGAGGAAAUACUUUAGCUGAUACUGCCGCCAAGGAGACUGCAACAAGCCAAGGUGACAAUUUGCUCUCCCUAGUUCCCCAGCCAGAAUUGCCUCCGGAUCCCAAAUACUCCACCGAGGAGGAGCAAGAGGGAACCAAAUUAGGUGGAAGAAAAGAUAAGUAUGGAUGGAUAGUACUCCCUGAUACUAGGAUUUACUUGCCCCAAGGAGUAGUAAGGCAAGUAGUGCAAGAUAUCCAUACCAGCACCCAUUUAGGUCAGAAUAAGUUAGAGCAACUGAUUAGAAAGUACUACCUAGGGCCACACCUCAGAGCAGUAAUUCACUCGAUCACCUCACGGUGUAGGGCAUGUGCUCAGGUAAAUGCACAAAACAAGAAGUUGCCCUGCUUCGUGAGAUAUCGAGGGAAUACCCCAGGAGAACUCUGGGACGUUGACUUCACUGAAAUGGCUAGAGGGAAGUUGGGCUACAAGUAUUUACUAGUCCUAGUUGACACUUAUUCAGGGUGGGUCGAGGCUUUCCCCACAAGAGGAGAGACGGCCUCCAUAGUCUGUAAGAUUCUAAUGAGAGAAAUUAUACCUAGAUAUGGGGUACCCCUAGCCAUAGGAUCUGACAAUGGACCUGCAUUUUUUUCCAAGGUUUCACAAGAAUUAGCGGCCAGGCUAGGGAUUAAUUGGAAACUUCAUUGCAUCUAUAGACCCCAGAGUUCAGGGCAGGUAGAGAGGAUGAAUAGAACCCUCAAAGAAACUCUAGUAAAGCUAAAGAGAGAGACCAGCGAAAAUUGGGUAGAGCUACUCCCUUUUGCCCUUUUCCGUGUGAGAUGUACCCCAUAUAUUAAGACUUGGGCCCCUUUUGAAAUACUAUUUGGUCAACCUAUACCCCUGGUUCCCCGCCUAACUAAGGAAGAGAUAGAAGUCUCUAAUCACAACUUCCUUAGGCCAUUGCAGACGCUGCAGAAGAUCCGGAGCGAGGUGCGCGCCCUGCAGCAAGCCCGCCACCUGGAGGGAGGAGGCACAGCGCUUGAGCCGUUGGAGCCCGGACAGUGGGUGUGGAUCCUCAACCACAGAAAGGGGAACUUAGAGCCUCGAUGGACUGGGCCCUUCCAGGUACUGCUAAGUACCCCCACUGCAGUUCGAGUAGCUGAGAAGCCAUAUUGGAUAGACCUCUCCCACACCAAGGUAGCCCAAGCACCAGGAGAAGACUCUCGAGAAUGGCGGGUUCGAAAGGAUCCAGACAGACCCCUAAAGCUUACUUUCUCCCGCUCAUAGGAAUAUGGCUUGCCUCUUGGGCCACCCCCACGGGAGGACUGGCCCACCAGUGGGUUAUAAUUAGGUUCUCUGAUAGUGAAGUAAUUGCCAGCAGCGGCAUAGGGAAGGACAACAGAGUAACCCUGCAAGCUGACCUCUCUCAAUGGUUCGGACAUAGGCUAUGUGAAGGGAAUGGACUCACCUCUAUUAACCCAAAUAGGGCAUUGACCUUAAGAGGAACUCCAGGGAUAGAAGGAUCUGACUGUAACAGAAAUGAAAAUCUGAACCAAGACCUUUUCCAUACCGACCUUUAUGUGUGUCCGCAUUGGGUUGGGAAUGACAUGAAAUAUUUUCAAGACCUCUGUGGAGGGGUAAAGGAUUAUUACUGUAAAAGUUGGGGAUGCGAGACAAUUGUAUCACCCCCAUCAUGGGAACCAUCAAUGAGGGACGCCUAUAUUAGUAUUGCAAGAAAUAAGUCCCAACCACCAGCUGACAGAGAAAAUCCCCGUUGUGCCCAAGAUAAGUGUAACCCUAUAACUAUAAUUAUCUUAGACCCAAAGGACCCUAUGUGGGAUACAGGACGCACCUGGGGUCUACGCCUCUAUGCAAUGGGUUAUGACCCCGGGGUCCUGUUUACCAUCAGGCGGGUUCCCCAAGUAGAAGGGCCAGCCAUGAAGGGAUUAGGAAAUGGGCUGCCACCCAAGGCGGUGCGCCCUCUCAUAAGUCCGCACGACACUCCAGCAGGCCAAAGGAACCGCCUCCACAGGAUACACCAGAGGCGGCUCGUCCAGAUUUCAUAAAUGAAAAAGGCCCACACCUAGAAGGACAGCCCCAUCAUCAGAUGACUGGUGCCCUAAACUUAUUAGAUAAGAUUUUCCCUUUUUUCAACAGUACCCAGCCGGGCCUCACCGAAUCAUGUUGGUUAUGCUUAAGCCCGAGGCCACCAUUCUAUAUAGGGAUAGGGGCCAACACCUCUGCAGGCAGCAUGAACGCUCCCGAAGGCCUAACAAACCACCAGGAGACAGGAGACUGUCUGACUGACAGUGCAUUAACUCUUGCAAAUUCCACAGGAAUGGAACCUGCUACCUCCUUGGUAACUAUAAUUUAUCCUCUUCAAAUUAUAGCAAUUAUUGCCUGAACCAAAGGAGGGUUCCUGAAACCAUCAAUACACCACAAGUGACCCGAGCUGCUGAGGGGUUAUGGUUUAUUUGCACUCAAGGAAUAUUCAAGUGUUUGGUGCCAACCCGCCGCCCAGAACUGUGUAUCAGUGCAUAUAUUGUUCCCCAAGUGUACCUAUAUGGAGGCGACCCUACCUUACUAGUACAGCCCCGGGGGCAAACCAAGAGAGCACCGUUAUUAAUACCUAUACUGGCCACUAUGGGGUCUUGGGGUCUGCAGCAGUAGGGGCUGGGGCCAUAGUCCAUGGGGAACAGAGUCUGAAGCAAUUGUCACAAUCCUUUUCGAAGGACAUUGCCCUAUUGCAAGAUCAAGUAAUCUAUCUUGAACACCAGAUAGACUCCCUGGCAGAGGUAGCACUACAGAAUAAAAGAGGACUUGACCUCUUGCUUCUGCAGCAGGGCGGACUGUGUGCAGCCCUAGGAGAGGAGUGUUGUUUUUAUGCCAACCACUCUGGAGUAAUUUGAGAGAACAUCAAAGUUCUCGCCAAACGAUUAAAAGAUAGGAAAUUGGAAGAAGAGAACUCCAGCUGGUAUGCUUCUAUAUUCCAAACCUCCCCUUGGCUAACUACCCUAAUGUCUGCUAUAGCUGGUCCUGUUUUGAUUCUUCCUAUAGUUAAUGCUUUAACUAUAGGACCUGUUGUUAUAAGUAAACUUUUAGCCUUUAUCAAAGAAAGAGUAGAGGUAGUGAAAUUAAUGGUCUUAUCACAACCCUAUACUAUUCUCCUUUCUAAUGAAACAGAAUCAAGGGUUUGAUCUGCUCCAAACAGAAGGGGGGAAUGAAGGAGCCAGGGAAAUGAGGAAGUGAUUGUUCUCAAUUUUAGCUGCUCCCUCGACCAUAAGGACAGGGUGCACUUAAAGGAGGUACAGAGCUGAUUGUGU